UAUUGUAUUAAUAUAUACCCUAGAUCUUCAAUAAAAUUACGUUCUCAAAUAAUAUAAUAGUUACCGUCCCCAGCUCUGUAAGUGUAAUCUGUAUUGCUCCAUAUUCAACAACAAUUAAUGGAGUACGUUGUUGUCGUCAAGUUAACGACUAUUAUCUUCUUCUUCCUACUCAAAAAGGGCUCGUCAGUUUCCUUCAGCUGGCCUGACCAACUGACGGACAAGAACAUUAUGUUCGAGAAGGACGCCUUUGCCGCCGACGGGGUUCUACAGCUCACAACCAAUCGAAUGGAGAAUAUUACGUAUAGUUAUGGUCGAGCCUCGUACAACAAGCCGGUUCAGCUUUUGGAUCCCAAAACAAAACAUCUUACAGACUUCACUACUAAUUUCUCAUUUGUCAUUGAUGGACUUGGCAGAAAUCGAACCGGAGAUGGUCUAGCGUUCUUUAUUGUGCCGUUCGAGUCACGCAUCCCCUACAAAUCAUACGGCGCAGGCCUCGGACUGGUAACCCAUGACCUUUGGACUAGUACUGAUCCUUUUGUUGCCGUGGAGUUUGAUAAUUUCCAAAAUGAAUGGGAUCCCAGCCCGUAUCAUGUUGGUAUUGAUAGGGAUUCAAUCCUCUCAGUAGAAACUGUCACAUUGAAAAAGAACAUGAGUGAUGGAUCCAGAAAGGCAAAUGUUAGGGUAAGUUAUAACUCUGCUUCUAAAAAUUUAAGUGUGUUUCUCAGUUAUAGUGAUGGUAUUGAAACUGCUAGCCUUUCACAUGAAGUAGAUUUGGCGGAGUUAGGGGAAAAGGUAAGAGUGGGUUUCUCUGCAGGCACUGGUGAUGCUUAUCAAUUACAUAAAGUUUUGUUUUGGUCAUUUAACUCAACCUUCGUGAUCAGUACUAAUGAUGGAGGAAAAGGCCAACACAUAUCAAUGAUUGGUUUGGGUGUGGGUGUGGGAUUUGGUAUUCUAUGCUGUGGACUAGGUUUGGUAUGGUUCAUGUUUUGGAGAAAGAGAGCUGACAAGGAAGCAGAAGCAGAAGAUGACGAUUAUGAUGUUUCCAUCGAUGGGGAAUUCGAAAGGGGGGCUGGCCCCAAGAGGUUUACUUACCGUGAACUAAGCCAGGCAACAAACAGCUUUUCCGAAGAUGGGAAGCUUGGAGAGGGAGGCUUUGGAGGUGUCUACAAGGGCAUCUUAAGCGAAUCGAACACUGAAAUCGCGGUUAAGAAGGUGUCUAAAGGAUCAACACAGGGGAAGAAAGAGUACAUUUCUGAGGUGAGAAUUAUAAGUUGUUUAAGACAUAGGAAUUUAGUUAAACUUAUUGGUUGGUGCCACAAAGGAGAUGAGUUCCUUCUUGUCUACGAUUAUUUACCAAAUGGAAGCCUUGACACCCACAUAUUUGGUGGGAAGCCCAUUCUUCCAUGGGAAAUAAGGCAUAAAAUAGCACUUGGUUUGGCCUCAUCUCUUUUGUACCUUCACGAAGAAUGGGAACAGUGUGUGGUGCAUAGAGAUAUCAAGUCAAGCAAUGUUAUGUUGGAUUUAAACUUCAAUGCUAAGCUAGGAGAUUUUGGGCUGGCAAGGCUAGUUGACCAUGAAAUUAGCCUAAACACGACUGUGGUAGCUGGAACAAGAGGUUACAUGGCCCCGGAGUGUGCCAUUACGGGCAAGGCUACUAAGGAAUCUGAUGUUUAUAGCUUUGGCGUGGUUUCACUUGAAAUCUGUUGUGGAAGAAGAUCAAUUAUACUUAAUGCAGAAGAUCCAGAGAAAGUGAGCUUGGUGGAGUGGGUGUGGGAACUCUAUGGAAGAUGCCAACUUGUUGAGGCGGUUGACAAGGGACUUGUUAGCAUGGAAUGGAACGAUCGAGAGAUGGAGUGCGUGAUGAUUGUUGGGCUGUGGUGCUGCCAUCCUGAUCCAACAUCUCGGCCCUCCAUAAAGCAAGUGAUGAGCGCUCUUAAUUUUGAAGCUGCAUUGCCUAAUCUGCCGCCCACGUUGCCAGUGCCAAUGUAUAUGCCUUCCUUCAGUAUUAACGCUCGCGACAUCUAUUCUUCAUCAUCUUCCGUUGUUACAGGGAGUUCCACUACUGCUUCAGCAACUUCACCUAACCCUUCUAAUUCUAAACCUCUGUUAAAAUUUGCUGAGGGUGAUUAAUUCGUUCCCAUAUUCAUCAUGAGGUUAUUUCAUUCGAGUCCUAUUUUACUUUUCUCAGUUUUUUCUAAGAAUUGUUUGUGCCUUUUUUUUUCCAAUUUAUUGGAAGCUUUGUUUCAUUUCUCUAACUUAUGAGAAUUUAUGUAACUAUAGUUCUUAUAUUGUUGUAAUAAUUGUUUCAUGAUGAGUAUAUAUAUCAAGUUCA